AUGGCCUCUUCGACUUCAGCACUUCGCCAGGUUGGCAUCUAUAGAAACCUUCCCAUCAUCGAUGAUACUUUGGAAGGACUCGCGGCUAUCGUUACCGGAGCCAAUGGAAUCUCUGGCUUCAAUAUGAUGCGCGCCCUUCUCGAGAGUCCUAAGCGGUGGAAGAAGGUCUUCUGUCUGUCCCGCAGGCCCCCGCCGGAGGAAAUGAUGGCCCUUUUACCUCGUGAGGCUCGGUCCAGGAUUCACUUCGUCAGUUGUGACUUCCUCAGUGAACCUGCUUCAAUCGCAGAGGCAUUGACAACAGCCGGCGUACACGCCAACUACAUCUUCUUUUACUCCUACGUUCACAAGCAAUGGUCCGAGGCAGAUGCUCUUGUCGAAAGCAACGUGCUAUUGUUGCAAAACUUCCUACAAGCACUUGAACUGGCCAAAAUCAAGCCGGACCGAUUCAUCUUGCAAACCGGUGGCAAAAAUUAUGGUGUUCAUAUCGGCCGCACGACCGUGCCUCUCCUCGAGUCUGACCCGCAGCCUAAACACCUCGAGCCGAGCUUCUACUACAUCCAGGAAGACCUUGUAAAGGCUUUCUGUCAGAAGCAAAACUCGUCUUGGAGUGUCAUCAUGCCCUGUGCUGUGAUCGGCGCGUCUUCGCAGGCGGCUAUGAACGGGUUCUAUCUGUUUGGGGUCUAUGCUGCGGUCCAAACACACAAAGGUGAACCACUCGAGUUCGGCGGCGACUGGGAAUCUUGGCAGUUCGAAAACUACCAUUGCUCUGCCCGGAUGACUGGUUUCUUAACCGAGUGGGUGGCUCUAACACCUCACGGCUGUAAUGAAAAGUUCAACACGCAGGAUGGCGGUCCUCUGACUUUGGAACGCUUUUUUAAUGAACUGGCUCGCUGGUAUGGCGCGAGCGGCGUGGUUCCUCCUCCAGAUGACGAGUCCGACAUGGCAAAUCAGACAUUUGGAACGUCUGGCAAGUUAGCUCCAUUGGGCUAUGGGCCCCCACUCUCGUACAAGGCGCGAUUCACCCUCGAGGACUGGGCCAAAGACGAGAAGAACGUGGCAGCAUGGCGGGAGAUGAUGGAGAUAUCUCGAGGCAAAUUAAUCCAUGAUCCAUUCGCCAUUCCAGACGGUUUCUACAUGGCCAGGUUCGCUUACUGCCGAACCGCAAGCCCUUGCCUUAACAAAGCCCGGCGGCUGGGUUGGACAGGGUUCGUCGACACAAUGGAGAGCAUAUUUGAAGCAUUCGUGGAAAUGGCAAAGCUGGGAAUGCUGCCGGAGAUGCGAGUCCAGUUUGCCCGCCCAUUGUGCUAA